AUGGCUGCUCAACAAACAAACAACAACUCCAACACUGCUUCAUCUGCUGGUAAGAAAAACGCUGGAAAGGAUAACUGGGUCGCUGCAGUUCCUGUAGGUAUUUCAACAUCCGAUACCAAAGAUGACGUUUUGAAACUAACCAAAAAACUUCUUUCAUUGCGUAUAUUUGAAGACAUGACCCAGCCAGCAGAAACCGCCACCAAAUGGUACGGAAAGCCAUGGAGCAAAUCUAUAACUGAUAUUCAAGGUGAAAUAUUGUCCGUUUCCCAAUUCACAUUGUACGGAACGAUCAAAAAGGGAACAAAGCCUGACUUCCAUAAAGCUGCUAAGGGGGAAGGUGCAAAGGAACUAUACGAUACAUUGUUAGAUGAAUUGAGGAAAGGAUUGGGCCAAGAAAAGGUGAAAGAUGGUGAGUUUGGUGCCAUGAUGGAUGUAGCGUUGGUCAAUGACGGACCUGUAACCAUAGUCUGGGAUACUCAAGAGAAUACCUUAUAG